CUCUCGUGACGCGCUCGCAGGAAGGGCGGGAGGAGGAGGGGCUGCUGUGGGGACACCGAGAGGGGGAGGAGGCGAGGAAGGAAGGAAGGGAGAGCGAGCGCGGCCAGGGCUGAGUGAGCCGUGGGGAGGAGGAAGAAGGCGGGGAGGAGGCGGUGGCUGUGCGCGUCCGUGCCGGCGGGGGGAGCCGCGAUGUGAAGCCCCCACACGGCCCGGCAGGGCAGGCGGCGGCGGCGGCACCCGGGAAUGUGCGUCUGGGACGCGGCGAAAGAGAUCCUGAAAAAUACUUCUGAAGCUUGUCUUUUCAGAAGCUUCAGUAUGAGGCGGGGUGGAUGGAGAAAACGGGCUGGCGAUGGCGAUGGCUGGGGAAUAUGGGGAGGCUACAUGUCUGCAAAGGUUAAGAAACUGGAGGAUCAAUUCCGGUCAGAUUCAUCUGUUCAGCACCAGAGGGAUGGAAAUUCAUCAAGUAUCUUUAGUGGAGUUGCUAUCUACGUCAAUGGCUUUACAGAUCCCUCAGCUGAUGAAUUAAGGAGGCUAAUGAUGUUGCAUGGAGGCCAAUACCAUAUGUAUUAUUCCAGAUCCAAAACAACACACAUCAUUGCCACAAAUCUUCCAAAUGCCAAAAUAAAAGAACUGAAAGGAGAAAAAGUAGUUCGACCAGAGUGGAUCGUGGAGAGCAUUAAAGCUGGACGUCUUCUCUCGCACAUUCCGUAUCAGCUUUACACCAAGCAAUCAAGUGUUCAAAAAGGUCUCAACUUCAAUACCGUAUGCAAACCUGAAGAUGCUGUGCCAGGUCCAAGCAAUAUAGCUAAAGAUCUCAACAGGGUAAAUUUUAUUAAGAAGUGUGAGAUAGAGAGUGAGAUCACACCCAAUGGAAUGAGUAGCUGGAAUGAAGAGGAAGAAGAAAGUGACAAUUCUGGAUUUAUGGAGCUGGAGCAGAUUCUUCCUGAAAGGAAACAAAAUGGGAUUCAGCCUCACAAAGACAGCACUGCCAUUUUUAAUGGACACACACACAUUUCUACCAGUGCCUUAAAGACACAGGAUUGCUUGGUACCGUCCAGCAACAGUGUUGCAAGUAGAUGCUCUCCAGGCCCUGUGCAGGAGGAGGGGAAGACUGAAAAAGGCAUGGUUGACUUCAGAGACUGCACAGCGCAGCAGUUGCAGCAAAGCAACAAAAAUACAGACUUUUCGUGGAAUCCACACAGGACUAUGAGUAAUUCAUCCUCAUCUUCAUCUUUGCACAGUAAUACUAAAAUAAAUGGUGCUCACCACUCCACUGUUCAGGGGCCUUCAAGCACAAAAAGCACUUCUGUACCUACUUCUAGCAAGGCAGCUUCCUCACCUGUGUCCAGACCUUCAGAUUGUAGUUUUAUUUCUGACUUUUAUUCAUAUUCAAGGCUGCAUCAUAUAGCAACAUGGAAGUGUGAAUUGACAGAGUUUGUCAACAGCCUGCAAAGAAAAAACAGUGGUGUCUUUCCAGGAAGGGAAAAAUUAAAAAAAUGGAAAGCAGGCAGGUCCACAUUUAAAACUGACACAGGUAAUGUGUCUGUUUCGAGCUUGGCCAAGCCACAGAGCUGUAUAAUGCACGUGGAUAUGGAUUGCUUCUUUGUGUCUGUAGCUAUCCGAAAUAGACCAGACCUCAAAGGAAAACCAGUAGCUGUUACUAGCAACAGAGGUGCAGGAAAGGCACCACUGCGCCCUGGUGCAAACCCCCAGCUUGAAUGGCAGUAUUACCAGAAUAAGCUAUUGAAUGGCAAAACAGCAGAAAUCAGAGUUCCUGAUAAGCUGGACUCAUCAGUCUGGGAGCAUCCAGAUUCCACACAUAGGAAUGGAGCUGACAUGGAUCUCACUGUUCUGUCCAUGGCUGAAAUUGCCUCUUGUAGUUAUGAAGCCAGACAAGUUGGCAUAAAGAACGGAAUGUUUUUUGGCCAAGCAAAAAAGUUGUGUCCGAAUCUUCAAGCAGUUUCAUAUGAUUUUAAUUCAUACAAAGAAGUUGCACGGACCGUAUAUGAAAUACUAGCAAGCUAUACUCAUAACAUCGAAGCAGUCAGUUGUGAUGAAGCACUAGUAGAUAUCACUGAAAUCCUUACAGAGACCAGAUUGACUCCUGAUGAAUUUGCAAAUGCUAUACGCACCGAAAUCAAAGCCCAAACUAAAUGCGCUGCCUCUGUUGGGAUGGGUUCCAAUAUUCUGCUGGCCAGAAUGGCAACUCGUAAAGCAAAACCAGAUGGACAGUAUCACUUAAAACCAGAAGAAGUGGAUGAUUUUAUCAGAGGUCAACUUGUUACCAGUCUUCCAGGAGUUGGUAGGUCAAUGGAAUCCAAGCUGGUUUCUUUGGGAAUUAAAACCUGUGGAGAUCUACAGUGUGCUUCAAUGUCAAAACUGCAGAAAGAAUUUGGUCCAAAAACAGGACAAAUGCUUUACAGAUUUUGUCGUGGUUUGGAUGAUCGACCUGUUCGAACAGAAAAACAAAGAAAAUCUGUUUCAGCAGAAAUAAACUAUGGAAUAAGGUUUACACAGCCUAAGGAAGCAGAAGCUUUCCUUCUGAGCCUCUCAGAAGAAAUCCAACGUAGACUUGAAGCUGCUGGUAUGAAGGGUAAACGAUUGACUCUUAAAAUUAUGGUCAGAAAGGCUGGGGCACCAAUGGAGCCUGCAAAAUACGGAGGUCAUGGAAUCUGUGAUAAUAUUGCCAGGACUGUCACUCUAGACCAUGCAACAGACAGUGCAAAAAUAAUUGGGAAAGAAACUCUAAACAUGUUUCACACAAUGAAACUGAACAUAUCAGAUAUGCGAGGGGUUGGAAUUCAGGUACAGCAGUUAGUUCCUAUCAAUAAAACUACUUCAGCUCACUCAACAAUACGAUCUGGACAGUUACCUGGUGGAUCGCAUUCAGUCAUUGAUCUUUUUCAUGUUCAGAAAGCAAAAAAGUGCUCAGAAGAAGAACAUAAGGAAGUAUUUGUGGCUGCUAUGGACCUUGAAAUAUCGUCUGAUUCAAGAACUUGCACUUUUCUUCCAUCUCGCGGUACUCAUCUUGCAUCUGGUCUCAAUUCUAAUGUUAACAAGACUGAAUCUGCUGUCAAAUGGAAUGGCUUACAUUCUCCUAUCAGCGUAAAAUCCAGGCUUAAUUUGAGUAUUGAGGUUCCAUCUGCUUCCCAGCUAGAUAAGUCUGUACUGGAAGCUCUGCCACCUGAUCUCCGAGAACAAGUAGAGCAAAUAUACACCAUUCAGCAGGGCGAAACUUACGGAGAUAGUAAAAAAGAGCCAGUAAAUGGAUGUAACGCUGCACUUCUAUCACAACCAGUUGGAACUGUGCUUUUGCAAAUACCAGAGCUCCAAGAGCCAAAUGCCAAUACAGGAAUUAAUGUAAUAGCCCUGCCAGCAUUCUCACAGGUGGACCCUGAGGUUUUUGCUGCACUACCUGCUGAGUUGCAAGCAGAGCUGAAAGAUGCAUAUGAUCAAAGGCAAAAGCAAUCAGAGCAGCAACCUGCUAACACCUUUGUAUCAAAAAAUCCUUUACUACACUUGAAGCAUGUGACAAUGAAAAGUAAGAAAAAAAUAAGGAAAAAAAGUCCAGCUAGUCCUUUAAAAAAGAUUCAGAGUCCUUUGAAAAACAAACUCAUUGGUAGCCCUGCAAAAAACAUGCCAACUACAUCUGGAAGCCCACAGAAGCUCAUAGAUGGUUUCUUGAAACAGGAAGGAGCAACUAUUCAGUCAGAAGCAGUUCCAUCAACUUCAGGUUCUUCAGGGCCGUCAGCUCUGCCGACUGAGCAACCUGGUUCAUUUAGGCCACAGGCGCCCAACCUAGCUGGAGCUGUUGAAUUCAAUGAUGUAAAGACAUUGUUGAAAGAAUGGAUUACAACUAUUUCAGAUCCCAUGGAAGAAGACAUUCUACAGGUUGUGAAGUAUUGUACUGAUCUAAUAGAAGAAAAAGAUUUGGAAAAGUUAGAUCUGGUCGUUAAGUACAUGAAAAGGUUAAUGCAGUCAUCUGUAGAAUCAGUUUGGAAUAUGGCAUUUGACUUCAUUCUUGACAAUGUUCAGGUAGUUUUACAACAAACUUAUGGAAGCACAUUAAAAGUUAUCUGAACUUGUAGUAAAGAAAGAGCUUGAUGAGAGCCUGGAGCUCUCUGCUAGCUGUGCCAUAAGUGCUUGUGAGGUAUUUGCAAAGUGCAUGAUAGUAAAGCCCUGAGUUUUUAUAAUUUCAAAUUUCUUUUUAAACAACAAAGUGUUUUGUACAUUUCUUUUCAGAAAGUGCCAAAUUUGUCAGUAUUGCAUGUAAAUAAUUGUGUUAAAAUUCUUUUAUUGUAGUAUAGAAUCUAUUUACAAAAUGUUUGUUUAUAAAGUUUUAUGGAUUUUUACAGUGAAGUGUUUACAGUUGUUUAAUAAAGAACUGUAUGUAUAUUUUUGUACUCAUUCUAUUUUGUCAUGCUUCAGUUUGAAUAUAGCUAACCCCUUUUAUUAAAGCUGUAGCUUUGACUCAUUUUACUAAGUUCUACACAAUGACACUGUCUCAACAUUUGUAGGAGUCUCUGCUGUAUGUUUCUCUGACUAUGGUUUGUUUCUUGCUCCACUACCUUUAGCACAGAUUUUAAGCAAAGGGAAGAAUAUUAGCUCAUUCUCUGUUACAGUCUUCAGAGACUGAAACCUGUGUGGCCCAGCCACUCCCAAAGCACAGUGGCAGCUGAAGCAUAAUUGCUCUCUGGAAUCCCAGCUCUGCAUAUUCAGGUGUACAGUUCUCGCAGUUCUCUCUAGAGAUGUGUGCUGGUAGAAGAAAACAACUUUUCAAAACAUAUCUUUAUAUCUUAUCUGAAUUAAUUUGUCUAAGUUUCUACUAGUUACAGCUUUGGUCUUUCACAGCACUUUUUUUUGACCACUACUUUUGAGGGUGUUUUUUUGUUGUUUUUUGGGGAUUUUUUUUUUUAGACUUGCAUGCUAACUGCUCAUAUAGAGAAAUAUUUGCUGAAUUUCAGCAAAGUAUAUUACCAGCUAGGUUUCAGGUGCGUUACUCUGGUUUUGAGUGCUGCUCAAGACUUGCUUGAAACUUAGCAUCUUUCUUGGAUGGUGGUCAUGUUGAUCAGGGGAUGUUCCAGAGGAGUAGAAGAGAGCAGAUAUCACCCCUGCCUUUAAAAGGGCAAGGAGGAGGAUCAGGGGUGCUACAGGCUGGUUAGCCUCACCUCAAUCCAUGGGAAGGUGAUGGAGCAGCUAAUCCUGGACACUACUUUCAGACAUGCAAAGGACAGGAAGGUGAUUAGGAAGUAGUCAGCAUGGAUUUAUAAAGGGAACUCAUACUUAACCAACCUCAUUGAUAGCCUUCUAUGUUAGGAGUACUGGCUUGGUGGAUAAAGGGGAGGGCAGUGGAUGUUGUCUACCUUGUCUUCUAUAACAUUGUUAUAGCCAAGCUGAUGAAGUACAGGCUAGCUAUGGCUCAGAGGCCACAAAGUCCAGCUGGAGGCUGGUCCCACUGGCAUCCCCCCAGGGGUCAACACUGGGGCCAGCACUGCUUCACAUCUUCAUUAUUGACCUGGAUGACAGGACUGAAUGCACCCUCAACAAGUUCACUGGUGACAAAAAAACUGGGAGGGGGGGCUGACACACCAGAGGGUUAUGCUGCCAUUCAGAGGGACCUCAACAGGCUGGAGAGAUGGGCAGAGUGAAAGCAUGAAGUUCAACAAGGGGAAGUGCAGAGUCCUGGACCCAGGGAGGAAUAACCCCAUGCAGCAGUACAGGCUGGGUGCUAGUGAGCUCAAGAGCAGCAUUACAGAGAAGGACCUGGAAGUCCUGGCAGAUGAGGCUAGCAGCAUGCCCUAAUGGCAAAGGAGGCUGACAGCAGCAUCCUGGCUGCAUUAGACAGAGCAGUGCCAGCAGGUUGAAGGAAGUGAUCCUUGGUGAGGCCACACCUGGAGUGCUGGGUCCAGGUCUGGGCUCCACAGUACAAGGAAAAUGUGGACCUACUGGAGCAAAUCCAGCAAAGAGCCACAAAGAUGAUUAAGGAUGUGGAGCACUUGUCACAGGAGGAGAGGUUGAGGAAGCCAUGAUUGUUCAGCCUAGAAUAUACAGCAACAUGUAUAAAUACUUGAUGGGAGAGGGUUAAGAAAACAGAGCCAGGCUCUUCUCAGUGGCAUCCAGCAACCAGGCAAGAGACAGUAGGCACAAACCAAAAAAGAAAAUUCCCUCUGAACACAAGAAAACACUUUUUUACUGUGACAAGUGGUUGAACACUUGAACAGGUUUCCUAGAGAGGUUGUGGAGUCUCCAUCGUUGGAGGUACAGAAAAUCCAACUGGAGGCAGUUCUGGGCAGCUUGCUCUCAGCAACCCUCCUCAAGUGAAGGUGGGGGGGUAGACAGGGGAAGGGGGAUGAUUUCAGAGGUCCCUUCCAGCCUCAACUAAUGCACAAUUUUGUGAUCCUAAAAAAAUAAAAAAAGGAUUACUUAACUGCAGAAACCAGAAUUUUACAGGCUGCUCAGCAUUAGGUAUUUUCAUUCUCCCUUCAUGCUCUCUGCUUCAAGCCCUCAGAUAUUUUAUUCAAGUUCUCUCUUCCUUAAAACCUUCUAGUGAAGGUGUUUUGCAAGUUUCACAAUAGCAUCUUCAAAAAAAAAGAAAAAAAAGGAAAAAAAAAAAAAAAAGAGGAAAGCAGCACAGGGAUGUUGACCUGGAAAAAGAACCCUUCCAUACUCAAGGAAACAAGAAUACAGUACAACCACAUUAUUUGACAUCUCUGUUCUUAACUUAAGAACUCAUUUUAUUAGUGUAGCUUUCAUGAUUGCAUAGUUUGCAAAAGAAAAUUAUAACAAUUAAAUGCAGUCUCAUCACUUUGACACUCAAGAUCAUUCUAUCCUAAAUCACUGACAUGCCCAGUGAUAUGAAUUUACACCACACUCAAACCAUACUGAAAAGGUCCUUUUCAAUGGUCUGUUUAAAGUCUAACAAAAGUUUCUUGGUAACUCCAUUGCCAAGAGGCCACAGUUGCAAAGUAUUUGUGAGAGGCCAUACAAACCAGAUAAAAAAAAAAAAAAAAAAAGAAAA